GAGACAAGGCCUUCGCGCAGUUCCUGACCGAUGAGAUCAAGGAGGAGAAGAAGAUCCAGAAGCACAAGGCUCUGCCCAAGGUGUCCGGCGGGUGGGAGCUGGAGGUGCACGGCACGGAGGCCAAGCUGGUGCGGAAGGGCGCCGGCGAGGAGGAAGGGAGGGGCGGGGGGAUAACGGUGACGUUCAACAUCAAUAACAGCAUUCCACCCUCAGCAGAUGACGAACCACAGGAAGGGCAGAAAGCAGAUGAGCAGGAGCCUGAUCUUACAUCAACUCCAAACUUUGUCGUGGAAGUAAUAAAAGAUGAUACAAAACAGACCCUUGUUCUUGACUGCCAUUACCCUGAAGACGAGGUCGGAAAUGAAGGAGAGGAAGAAAGUGAUAUUUUCACAAUCCGGGAGGUCAGUUUUCAGCCCACUGGAGAAUCAGAGUGGAAGGACACCAACUACACCCUCAACACGGACUCCCUGGACUGGGCUCUGUAUGAUCACUUAAUGGAUUUCCUGGCUGAUCGAGGAGUGGACAACACGUUUGCUGAUGAGUUGAUAGAGCUCAGCACUGCACUGGAGCACCAGGAGUACAUCAAAUUCCUUGAAGACCUUAAAAGCUUUGUGAAAUGUCAGUAG